AUGCAGCUCCUCACAGCUAUCGAUGCGCUCUCUCUCUUCCUCGCCCCUCGGGCGGCGCGCGCGGUGCUCGCAGCGGCAGCAGUGUCCCUGGCUCUCUCUACCUUCAUAACACAUUCGCUUAGCGCUGGUGACGUCAGGGCCCUGCCGUCCCUCCAAAUGGGCGCCAGACUGGUGACGCAGCUCCUGGCGCUGCGGCUUGGCCUUGUUCUCUCAACGCUCCUCCACGAGUGGGCCCAUUUGGCUGCUGGCGCCGCCAUACUCAUCACCCGCAAGGCCUUCUGGCUGGAGAAAAACGCACUUGCAAGGGCCUGGUUCAGCCUGAGCAAUGUGCUGGGAAACGUGCCUGUUUCUAGUUGGCUCGCGUGUCUUGUGCCCUUUACCCCCCUCCCAGAAAGCGUGCAGCCUGUGGUGGUGCUUAGAGGAAAGGGGGCAGCAGAAUCUGACAGUCAGUCAGGCCACAAGGGAGGUCAUGCUGAGACGGGGUUUUUAGAUGCUCAGGACACGUUCGUUCGCCUUGGGGGGUGGUUUGUCUCCGGAGUAUGCUGCGUUUUGAUGUGGAUGGUUGCGCACAAAGCAGAUGGAAACCUGUGGGGCCUGUUCGUCAGCAAUGUGCUAAAGGGCUGUUUGUACACUUUCGCCGGCGCCUGUGCGAGCGACCUCUACGAAGUCCUGACAGGUAGCGCCACAAAGGGCCACUUCCGCUGCGGUAACUUUGGGCUCAUCCUGGUGAAGAGCGUCCGCGAAGGGGCGAAGCAGUUGGAUAUCUUUGCGGCACUGUCGAGCAUGUGCGGCAUUUCCAGUCAGCGGGGAGGCCAAUCGGGCGGGCUCGUGACGUACGUCAAGAAGUCGGACACGUGCACCGUUGGCGUGCGUGCGAGGAUUGUACCCUCCAAGAGAGUGUCCGUGGCUGACAAGCUCCUCUCAACACUCCGGCGCCUCAUCUGGUGGGAGAAGGCCAAGGCGAAGCUCACUGGCCACGUCAGCACCGAAGAAAACCCGGUGCAGAUGUUCCUAGGGCACACGCGCUUUGCAACCUCGAGCAUUCCCAGCCCCAACGAGUCGCACCCGCACCAAUGGUCCCCCCCCCUCCCCGUCACGCACUGGCAGCACCCCCCCUCGGCGCAAGUUCCCACGCCCGCCGCCACCCAAUUUAGCCUAUUUGUCACCCAUAACGGCGACUUUGAGUUUUGGAACCUGUACGGUUCGGACCGGACCCACAACGAGAUGGCGGCGUUUUUGGAAAAGGCCCUGUGCCGGCCGGCGCCGGCGCAGUGUGACAGCGUUGUCGUGGCGGGAGUGGUGGAGCUGCUGCGGACACAGGGCCUCUGGGGAGCAGCGCUGCGUCUCGCCUUCUUUCAAACGGUGGUUACCAAUUUCUCGGACGUCCUCGACAGCAGCAAUGCAGGCCUUGUCAUCCCGGACGCCGCCGCUCAGAAGGCUAUGGCCGCUGUUGCCGAUGCCGCUUACAAGGCCUUUUUAGAAGGGGCCCAGGAAACCACCCCCGACGAAGAGAAGGGCGGGAAAGGGGCGGCCGGCUAUGAAGACGGAGAGGGCUUCGCCCGUACGCUAUGCCAGGAAAUGCGCGCAAACGGACCAGCUCCCUUGAAGGCCCUGCCAGAGGCGCAGCUGCAGGCGCUGUGCAGCCAGGCGGUGGUUAACUUCACCGAGAACGACUUGUACACCGCCGUCAAGAAGUUCCUCUUCCGAGCCAAGGGAUCCUUUGGGCUGGUCGUCACCACGAGCAUUGACACCGAUCGCGUGGCCAUGGCUGCGUUGAACCAGACCAUGUCUAUGGGCUUCUCGAAGGAGUACCGAACAGUCCUCUACAGUUCCGAGGCGUGCGGCCUCAAAUCGUUCCUGCAACCCGCGGGGAGUUCGGCCACUGUCUCUGAAGACCAAGUGACUCAUGUUUUCAACCUCGACGAGGGUGGAGGGGAGGUUCUGGAAGUCGUGCUUUUGGAUGAGAAUGCCCCCAAGGGAAGCACGGUGACUGGCGCCUUGUUUCAGUUGAACGACUCGUUACAGAGCGGCGCAGCCCUGGCCGCACCCGUGACCGACCAAGCCGCCUUCCUGCACGAAACGACCGGCUUCGACCCCUUUGAAGGCACCGCGGCAGCGGCAGGCGAUGCCUACGUCAGCAUGAAGGUGUACCGGCUCAAGGACCAAGCGACGAUGACGCAGGCCGACUUCAUCAGCUCUGGGCGCUUCACCGCCGUGAGCGAUAACGAGUACCUGCCGUUCAAGAUCCCGCCCCCAGUUAAGGACGUCGUGGGCCAGGACAUUGCGGAUAUCCCCGCCGUCAUCUCGGAGAUCCGCGCGCAGUGGGCGGACAAGCUGUCCCUCAACCGGCGCACCGCGGCCGCGUUCUUCGACGCGCUCAAGGGGCGCGUGCUCGAAUACCACCGCGAGCACAAGCGCGAGAUGGUGAUUGACGUCGUCAUCACGGGAUGCGAGAGCAGCCUCUGGAUCGCGGAGCAGUUUGCGUCCGACCUUAUGAACAUGUUCCCCCAGCUGUACGUUGCCGCCAUAUCGUCGAACAAGGUGAUCCAGAUCCUGGGCAGCAACAAGGGGCGCAUCUCCGCGGCCGGCUUCGCGUUCGGCAGCCUGGCGCAGUACCUCGACACCGCCGUCGUGCUCUGCAUCUCGCAGUCGGGGCAGACCUUCCCCACCCUGCACGCCACGCGCAUCCUCCUCAAGCAGUGCCCGGGGCGCGUGUUCGUGUGCGUGGGCAUGAUCGACAGCAAGAUGAGCGAGGUCGUGGGCCAGAGCAGCACAAAAGGCGCGCCCUUUUGCGCGCGCAUCUUCACCAACUGCGCGGGCUGGCGCGUCGCGGAGCCCGCCAGUGUCUCGUGCGUGGCGACCCAUCAGACCCUCACGGAGCUCAUGCUCUUCCUGGCGCGGCAAAUGCAGGUUAACUUUGGCCUCGCAAAUCCGCUGGGCAUGCGGCUGAGCAUCAAAGACGUGCGGGAUGUGGAGGCGGUUAACCAGGUGUUUGGGGUGGGGGUCGGCGAGCUGACGGGAGAGAACCCGGACGCAACCGUCUAUAAGGAUCUCAUAGCCCAAGGCCGACACUGGGGGUGGCACAUCCUGGAGGGCCCCAUCGUGUGGCUCAUGUGCGCGGCUUACAUCAUCGGCACCGUGACGUCACACUUCCCGCUGUUCCACGACAUCUGGCUGCUGCUCCAGCUGGGCUUCGGCGGCCCCGCGAAGACGACCCUGUUCUGGUGGGCGUCGUUCGUGGACUCGCUGUUCUACCUGUUCCUUCCGCUCAUGAUGACGCUGCUCCUGCGGCUGGUCCAGCGGCGGAAGCUGCUCGCGCGCAUCGGGAAGCGCACGCUUGUCAUCUGUGACGUACCGUACGUGCACCAGCUGCUCGAGAUCUACGUCUCCAAGCUCUUUGCGCUGAGCUACUCGAUUGCCAGCAUAGACGUGCACGGGGCCAACCCCCUGGACCACUUGGUACACCGCUUUACGCACCGGGUCACCAGGGGAGUUCUUCUUGCUGUUGGGAGACCCGACGGUCGCUUCACCACACAGACAAAGAACGAGGCCUGGGUGCUUAUGGCCCUGCUGCAAGCGAAGAGCAUCGUCAACCUAGGGGUUGGGGCGGAGACGCUGACUGUUGGCCAUAACCUGUACUCCGUCAAGAUGAUCAUGGAUAAGCACAUCACCAUCCCGUCUCGUCGCCCAAGGUUCAUCUGCGAGGCGAUCUUGGGGGAUGCCGAGGCAGAGCCGAUGCGCCUGUCGGCCCGCCAGCGCGCCAUCACCGAAGGACAACACGGCGACGCCUCUUUCUACGACGACAUCAACAAGAGCGUCGUGGGGGGUCAUCUGCUCGACUCGGCGCCCGUCAGAAAAGCCCGCCGCCGCAUCAAAGCCCAGCUGAAGCAGAACGCGCUCGCGCACACCCAGAGCGUUCGCCUCACCGGGGAAUCCGUUCCGGUCCUCAAUUCCGAGGGGCUGCCCGUGGCGGAAGCCCCCGAGGAGCGGAAUCAGCUCCUGAGCACUCUCCCCGCGGAGGUCCAGGCCAUCUUCGACUCGCAGGCGCCGCUGGAAGAACUGGUGGACAACCGGUUCCUCUCGCUGCAGCGCUACAUUUCGUUCCUGCCAGCGGACCAGCGUCUCUGGUCAUUCCUCUCCCCGGGCACCGUUUACGACAGCACCUUUCUCUUCUCCGCUUUUUUCCCGGGCACCAGUCUCUCCGGUUUGCCGGUAAGUGGUCAGCUGUGUCCUAACCUGGAGAUUAUUCCUGGGUAA